AUGUCCAUCACCGGCAUCAUCCACGUCAACCUCGUCGUCCCCCGCGACACCCUCGACGCCGCCCACGCCUUCUACGGCGACACCCUCGGCUUCACCUCCGUGCCCGUCCCGGCCCUCCAGCGCGGCCGCCUGGCGUGGUUCAACAUUGUCGACCAGCCGGGCUCGCAGCAGAUCCACAUUGCCUUUGGCCGCGACUUUGACUUUGAGGGCGACGCCACGGCGUCGUCGCGGCACCCGUGCUUCCAGCUGCCGUCCCAGGAGGCCCUGCAGCAGUUACAGCAGCGCGUGUGGGCGCACCACCAGGCGGGCACGGCCGGCGCCCCAAAGGCCUGCGACCAGCCGGGCGGCGAGUCAUCUGGCGCCAAAGGCGUCGAGUAUCCCACGCGGUUCUUUGCGCGCGACUACGCCGGUAACCGGUUGGAAUUUAGUUUGUAG